GGUGGCAGCGAUAGCAGCAGUCGCAGCGGCAGCGGCGGCAGCAGCAGUGGGAUCGUCGGCGAAGCCGGGAAGCGGACACCAGCCGAGCCCUGCCGAGCGGAGCCAUGGAUGAGGAGUACGAUGUGAUCGUGCUGGGCACUGGCCUCACGGAAUGUAUUCUCUCUGGUAUCAUGUCUGUGAAUGGGAAGAAGGUGUUGCACAUGGAUCGGAAUCCUUACUAUGGGGGUGAAAGUUCCUCUAUCACACCCCUGGAAGAGUUGUUCAAACGGUUCGACCUGCCUGAAGGGCCUCCCGAAAGCUUGGGAAGGGGCCGAGACUGGAAUGUUGACUUGAUCCCCAAAUUCCUCAUGGCCAAUGGCCAGUUGGUGAAGAUGUUGCUGUACACAGAAGUGACUCGUUACCUAGACUUUAAAGUGGUGGAAGGCAGCUUUGUCUACAAGGGGGGCAAGAUCUACAAGGUGCCAUCUACUGAGACUGAGGCCUUGGCCUCCAACCUGAUGGGCAUGUUCGAGAAACGCCGAUUUAGAAAGUUCCUGGUGUUUGUGGCAAACUUUGACGAGAAUGACCCCAAGAGCUUUGAGGGUGUUGAUCCUCAGACCACAACCAUGCGAGAUGUGUAUAAGAAGUUUGACUUGGGCCAAGAUGUUAUUGACUUCACUGGCCAUGCUCUGGCACUCUAUCGAACUGAUGACUACUUGGACCAGCCCUGCCUUGAGACUAUUAACCGCAUCAAACUCUACAGCGAGUCUCUGGCCCGGUAUGGGAAGAGCCCAUACCUGUACCCUCUCUACGGCCUGGGCGAGCUACCCCAGGGAUUUGCAAGAUUGAGCGCUAUCUAUGGUGGGACAUACAUGCUGAACAAGCCUGUGGAUGAUAUCAUCAUGGAGAAUGGAAAGGUGGUAGGGGUGAAGUCAGAGGGGGAGGUGGCCCGUUGCAAGCAGCUGAUCUGUGACCCCAGCUACAUCCCUGACCGGGUUCGAAAGGCUGGCCAGGUCAUCCGAGUCAUCUGUAUCCUCAGCCACCCCAUCAAGAACACCAACGAUGCCAACUCCUGCCAAAUCAUCAUUCCCCAAAAUCAAGUCAACAGGAAGUCAGACAUCUACGUGUGCAUGAUCUCCUAUGCCCAUAAUGUGGCUGCCCAGGGAAAGUAUAUUGCUAUUGUCAGCACCACAGUGGAGACAGCAGAGCCUGAGAAAGAGAUUGAGCCAGCGCUGGAGCUGUUGGAGCCUAUUGACCAAAAGUUUGUGGCCAUCAGUGACUUGUAUGAACCAACUGACAAUGGACUGGAGAGCCAGGUAUUCUGUUCCUGUUCUUAUGAUGCCACCACUCACUUUGAGACAACCUGCAAUGACAUCAAAGAUAUUUACAAGCGCAUGGCUGGGACAGACUUUGACUUUGAAAACAUGAAGCGCAAACAGAAUGACGUCUUUGGAGAAGAUGAGCAGUGAUGGCAGGAAGUAAUCCCUUUCCCAUUAGGCCCUCACCACCUUCUCCUGCCUCCCUUAGCACUAAGUUUUCUUCUCUCCCUUCCUAUUUUUAUUUCUACUUUGGGGCUCAUGGGGAAGGUUUGGAUGGGGCACCUAAGUCAGUGAUGUGCCCCUGCCUGCCCUCUUAAUUCCUUCCUCUGCACCUUCCUGUUAGGAACCCUUCUCAUUCAUUCCAUUUGUUGACUAAACCCUAUCCUAGCAGUGAAAGAUUGGCAGCUGGGGUACCUUUCUUCUCCCUGGCCUCUAACCUAGGGAGUCUAGACUUCAUGGAGGGUGGGAGUUCUCCCAUUUUCUCCAUUAUUUGUUACCUAUCUCCCUCUCCCCUGCCCCCCAACACAUACAACAUUAUCAUUUCUGUGCUCUGCUCAUCCUUACACAGUCCUUUUUUCCCCUUUCCCAAACUCCUUGCCUCUAUGGUGCUUUUUUGGGGGGGGGAGGAAGGGGAGCCUAGAAAACGAAAAAUGAAGCAGACAUUUCCCUCCCAUGUCUCAGGUGUUGACUACCCUGUCUGUCCCUAUGCUUCAGUUCUCCCAUGAACAUGCAUAUACUUGCUGCUUCUAACAGCCUAAUCACUUAUCCUUUGUCUUGACUCUGCUGGGAUGGAAUUCGAGGGGGGUGGGGGUGGGGGGGGUACGGGUAUGGGACACAAAGCUGCUGCUGCAUUGAAUUGUAUUAACAGCCCUUUUUCCCUUAAUUUAUUUUAACUUAUUAAUAUAUCUUUCCAUAGUGAUGCCUCCCCUCCCGUUCCCCUUUCCCUAGGGUGCAGGAGAAGGAAGAAGAAAACUAAUUUCAUGCCCCCACCCCCACCCCCCUGCCCCGGUACUGUCGAUGCUGUAUUAAUCUUCCCCUUAUUUGUGGGAGAGGGAGCCCCUUUCCUAGUCCCUUUCCCCAGUGCAAUGGCCACGUGAUGGGGGAGCAGACAGACCGGACUUCAGAGAAAUUUCUGAGGGAAAGUUUACAAAAGGAGGUGGGGAAAGGGACCAAACCCCUGAAAUGGCCUGCUCUCAACCCCUAGCCCUCCCCCCACCCCCCCACGGAAAGUGGGGGGCGGGACCAAAUGUCGACAAGUGACUGUGUGUGACUCCCGCUUACUGUGUAUCGGACAGGAGAAACAAGUCCCCAAUAAAGCCUGUUGAAAAGUC